UCAAAGAUGAAGAGCUGGUAUAAUGCCCUCUACCUCACCUACAAGAGCAAGGCCGACGACUUCAAGCGGCUGUUCCGCGACCUGCCCGACGACGAGAGGCUUACCGUAGGUCUGUUGUUUAUCUAUUUAUUCAUUACUAGUGGGGCUACGUUAGGGUGAGAAGGAUCAAAGAUGAAGAGCUGGUAUAAUGCCCUGUACCCCACCUACAAGAGCAAGGCCGACGACUUCAAGCGGCUGUUCCGUGAUCUGCCUGACGACGAGAGGCUUAUCGUAGAUUACUCGUGCGCGCUACAAAGGGACAUCCUGGUACACGGGCGUUUGUACGCGUCGCAGAACUACUUAUGCUUCCACGCCUCCAUCUUCAGCUGGGAAACCUCGCUGGCCCUCAGAUGGAAGGAUAUAACCGCCAUCACCAAGGAGAAGACUGCACUUGUAAUACCGAACGCGAUCCUAGUAUGCGUGGGCGGCGACAAGAACUUCCUGACGUCAUUCUCGGGGCGGGAUAAAGCCUACCUGAUGCUGUUCAGGAUAUGGCAGAACGCGCUCAUGGACCAACCCAUCUCCAGCCACGAGAUCUGGCAGUGGGUGCACAGUUGCUACGGUGAAGAGCUGGGCUUCAACUCGGACGACGAGGGCUACGGACGGGACUUCCCCGAGGAGGCGUCGCUGCCGCCGGAAGCCGCAGAGGAUCUGGGGGAGUCGUCGAUGGAGGCGGGCGGAGGGGGGGACGCGCGGGAGGAGCGAGCCCCGCCCGCCCCGCACAGGGACAGCUCCCCGCCCCUCGUGACGAACGGCGAUGCGGCAUCGUACAGGGAGGAGGAGGGGGGAGACACCCUCCCCACCGACAUGUCAGACACCAGCGACAGCGAGCCCGACAAACCGAACAACGGUGGUGGCACAGACAAGUGCACCGCCAGCCACGAGGGUCGGCAGCUGCUGCAGCAGGAGGUGCCCUUCAACAUCGACCAGCUCUUCACCAUGAUGUUCACCAGCUCACAGUUCAACCUCGAACUGUUAGCCGCCAGGGGAACCACCGACUAUUUGCAGGCGCCGUGGCAGCCCCAAGGCGGUCUGAAGUGUCGUCAGAUUAGCUACAAGCUGGGCCUCACGUCCGGCCCCAUCGGACCCAAGGAGGUGCACGUCACCGAGACCCAGGUGAUGAACAAAUGCUCCAAACCUGGUGUAUUGUACUCGAUCGACGCGUGCAGCGAGAACUCCGGCAUUCCGUACGCGGAUUACUUCAGCGUGCGAGUACAUUACUGUCUGGCGAGAGUCUCCGACCACGCCACUAGUUUGCUGAUACACGCGCAUCUGCAUUAUAAGAAGCAGAUGUGGUCCACAGUCAGAGGUUUCCUGGAAAGGAAUACGAUAUCGGGCUUGGAGCAGUUCUGCCGGCUGCUGAGCACGCGGCUGCAGGCCGAGGCCGAGGGCGGAGCGCCCACCGCCAGGAAGGCCCGCAGGCAGAGGAGGAACACGGUGUGCAGGACAGAAACCGCGACCCCGGUGGCGGUCAACUCCCCCGCAGUGGGGAGAGUGGCGGGAGGGGGAGUCACCUCCCCGGGGGGAGCGCGGGCCCGCUCCAACUCCCCCUCGCUGCUGGGGGGAGCGCUUCUACUGCUGCUGAUACUCAACGCCGGGCUAUACUGGUGUCUGCACAACGCAUUGAACGCGAAUCCCGCGGAUAAAUUGAUGGGCAGUCUGAGCGGGGAACAAGCGGCUCAACUAGCUCGCGUGUUACAACAACACGCCGACACACAACGCGGGCAUCUGCGCGCCUGGAGGCAUGCGCUCGACAACACUAGGAGACAUCUGCACCAGACGGAAAAAGCGUUGAUGAAACUGUUGGAAGCCAUAAAGCCGUCGUUGGAAGGCGCUCCACCAGACCCGGGACCCGCGGAGGACCCGGGACCCAUGCAAGACCCGGGGCCUACGCCCAGACCAGACCUAUAGGCAUCUACUUACAAACUCUGGUAUUCAUAUUCUAGCAUCAGUGGUAAAAUGUCGAAGUACUUGGCGACCAACACGAAACUCGACAUCGGAUUUUUAUAUUCGUCAAAUAAAAGUUCGCACACAUUGGUAUAGUAUAUUUAGCCCUUGUGCUUAAUGAUAAAAUACCAAUAAACUUGCGAGAAAUAACAUACCGUAGGUUUUAAAGUUCGUCAAAGAAAAGUUCGUAAUGUCAUUAUUUACCUUAAAACGUACCUUACUAAACAGCACGUAAGGUUCAAUACAUAAUGUCUAAACUGUAGUCGGUUUUGAAUUAUGAAUCUAAACAUUUAAGGUUGAAUAUCGAUUGAAGAAUUUUCACAGGAUUGUGUGUAGUCUGAAGCGCUGAGAGUAGGGACAUGUUUCUUGUUUCCGAUUGACACAAUUGAUCAUUAGGUCGAAUGCUAAGUUAUGUGGGUCGAUUUUUUUUGCUUACCUCUCUACAAAUAGAGUUGCCAGUUUCAGAAGCGUGAUGCUCAAGUCACUGUUGGCGCGAUUAAAUUUGGUCGUUAGCCCAAAACGAAUGCUCGGAAUUCAGGUAAACGACCGGGCGUACUUGACUCUGUCCAUAUACACUUAGUAUAUGGACAGAGUCAAGUACGCCCGUAAGCGGGUAGUUUUCGUUUUGGUUACCCGACACAGUUUUCGAGCCCGUAUUUCAGUGUAAAUAUUGCUUUUGGGAACCCGAAUUCGAGUAAUGUCUUUCGUGCCCGGCCGAUUGCUAUGAAUAACUUUUACUGAGGAUAGCAAAAUUUAUCAGCUAAAUCUUUGCAAAUAACUAAAUGUGGAUAUAUAUCUACUAAAGAAUUGGUAUUCAAAGUCUAUAACAAUUGUGUCAACUCAAUGUAUUCAACUAUCAACUGCAAGUUGGUAAUCAAAAACCUGCAGCUCUAGUUACGGUGAUAUUAAAAUUAGUUGUUUUAAUUAGUUAUUUUCCAUUGCUUUAGCAUUAAGUCAUGGCAAACUUCUUUAGAAAGGCCACAGACAACAGUAGAUAUUUUUAGAGGUAAAAUUGCCACUGCACAGGCUACCUCGUCUAUGGUCGCUGCUCAAAAAGUUUGACGGGAUGUAGAACUGUUUGACAUUUAUGUUUUCUAUACGAAGGAAUUCAUUUUUAAGAAAUUGAAUUAUUAAAUUUAUUUAUACCGUUCUUGCGAUCAAUUUCUGUUUAAAUAUAUAUGUUACACAUAUGUAUAGCGGCAAAUAUCUCAAAUAAAACCAUAGACAAUUAAAUUUUGCGCUUUAGGCGUUCUUGGCUAGUCUCUGGUUGAUUUUAAAGAUGUCUAUAAUGACUACACGAUUUUCUUUGAAAAUUGUUUAUCCAAAAGCUAUUCAUUCUUAUUUAAUUUAUUAGAUCCCUAAAUAAUUAGAACCAAGUAUGCUCCCGUUUUUAUGCCAAUAUUUUUAAUAUCUGACAUUGAAGUUAACGACAACUAAAUAUUUACGAAUAAUAGAAUUUUGCAUUAGAAGCGAUUUUUUAUAUGGCAAUAUACUAUUGAAGUUUGGCAGCUCUGAUUUGUUUUUGAGUUUUGAGUUAUCCUAUUACCUUGAAUGAUUUUUUUAACUUUUUGUCUAUUUUAAAAAUCACUUCUAAUUGAGAUAGAAUGUCUUUAGAACAUAUAAUCUAUAUGCACAAUAAAAGUACAGUCAAUCAAAUUCCAAUAUUUAUAAAGAUUUCCUGCGUCGAUAUAAUCAUGUGAUUCUGGCAACAUUUUAUUAUGAAAUAAGUUCCAUUUAUAUUAACUUUAUUUUUUAUGUUAUUACAUAUAAUGUAUCUGUCUGAGGUUUUCUGACCGGUUGCUAUCUUGCCAUAUCAGUUACCCUGAUUACUGUAAGUAAUCUUAACUUAUUAGGACACGUGUUUUGACAUAUAAUCUUUUUCCUAUAUUUUUAUAGUAUGUAACAUAAAAUUAUUUAUGUACUUGUUUUGCUAUUUUCAACUCUUUUUUUCUAUUUUCAUAGUUUCAUUUCUUUUAACAAAUAGCAACUCUCAAUUAUUAAAUAAUAAUUUCUCACGAUGAAAUAAGACCAUGAUGAAACAUAUUGUUAUUCCCGAAAUGAUUCUUAUAUCCGAAAACCUCGCAGGUUCCCACUGUGAUAAAUUAGAUACAAUUAUUUUAAAAUAUUUCUCUAAUGAAUUUCUGCUAUGACGUUAUGACGAGGCGAGUUUUGAUAAUUUCAAAUAUGUAAGUUAAAAUGUGGCGAUUUUAUUUAGUUUUUUUAAGGAUAUAGUUUGCACGUACUCAGUUCUGUAUUUCGCUCUUGAAAUUAAUUUAAACAAAAUACAUAUAUCCUUCGCCAGCAUGUCCUAUUCAUGUAGUUGAUCUAAAUAUAUAUGUAAAUUAAAAGAGUUAAAAGUUAAGUUAGAAUUUACAUUCAAUGUAGGAAACAAUGCAAUAGAAAAUCACAUUCUUUAGAAAUAAAUUAUGUUAACUCCUUAUUAUUUAUUUUACAGAUUUUUAAAUCAAUAUAAUUUAUAGGCAAGAGUAAUGAUUUUAUGAGUAAAUAUUACUUAUUUGUGAUAUAACAGUUCUACCAAAUAUUUAUCACAAUAAACUUGAAAAAAAUCUUAUCAUUUAAUGCGUUAUGUUAUAUUUAUUUAAUUUGUCGAUUUAUUUAAUUAUUCUUAUCUAUGUAAAAUAUUGUCAAUGAUUUUAUUAGGUAUGUUUAGUGAGAUUGUAUAAUCUGAUAUUUUCGAAAAACCGUAACGAUCUUUAUAAUGGCACUUUUAAUGAUAUGACUUAUUUAUUAUGUAAGAAUUUCAAAAAUUUAUAUUAAAGAACAAUUUGCGAUAAUGAAUAGGUAUUUGCAUUCCAAUAAAAUUUAAGACUAUAUGCCGUACGCCGGAAGGCUGUCAAUAUUCAUGUAUCGACUCGAGUGAGUUUCUAGAAAGUUAAAUCGCCAAACGUAACGUUAUAAUAAGAAGAAUAUAGAAAUUUAAGUACUUAUGUAACUGCGUGUGAAUUAUUUGCUCCGUGCGAGCAUGGUAAAGUUUGUUAUUUGGGUUUAUAGACAGGAUGAUCUUUCGCGCUGGAAUUCAAUAAAAUCUAUCAUAAUAGGGAUGAUGACUAAUUUUUUUUUUCUUCGUUUAUCAGGUAGAUUAUCAAAAGUAUUGGACACGUAUUUUUUCUUUUUUCAUAUAAUAAAAACAUUGCAGAGAUAUAUUGAUUUGAAAAGUAGCAUGACGUCACGUUUGAGUACACUUUUAAGCGAAUAUUCACUAAAAAAUGACGUCACGAGCCCCUACUCCCAAACUUUGACGCGCUAUAACUUUGACAUUUUUUGGUUGAUUGCCCAAAGAAAAAAUACGUGUCCAUUAUUUUUUGAUCAUCUUACUGACGGACUAAAUAGAAUUUCGUUUAUUGUACCCCGUCAUCAUCCCUAUUACUUAUAUGAACGGUGUUAGUAAAGCGUAGGAUAUUUAAUUCGAAAUAGAAUUAUUAAUUGAAAUCUAGACCUACUUGAGAGAGAGAGAGAGAGAGAGAGAGAGAGAAUCAUUUUUACUUAAUGACGGUCAAUUAAAUAUUUCUGCGCUUUCUUAAGACUGUCAUAACGAUAAGUUCUUUUGUAUGUAGUAACUAAAUACUAAUAUUCAAAUGAGUAAUUAAGUUGUAAGUUCGUUAAAUAGUUUUAAGAUCAUUUUAUUAUGUACACUAACUUAGCCUAUAAACACAUGAAAGCGAAAACUUUAAAAUCUCUUGAGAUGCAAUGUAUGAAACAGUACUAAAAAGUGUUUCAUUCAUGAAUUCUCCAAAUUAAUGACAUUAAUUUGUGCUGCCUAACAACACAGAUAAGUGUGGUACUUACAAGUACAACACGCUAAAGUGCGGUCAACGAAAUAUUUUCCGAUUCUUCGGUCGCGUCAAAUCCUUAUGGUGACAGAAUUAGUUUAUUUUCGGACCUCUUUUUUACUAGCUCUAAAGUGUAUGUUUUCUAUUUACUUAAGGAACUGGCACGGCCAGUCAGGGUCGCAUUCUUUCGUGUCAGGACCUCUCGAGAAGUUUCAGAAAAUUUACGAGACGUAUAUUUUAAACCUGUACCUAACAGUACAUGUGAACAGUACUUCACGGAUUUUCACAAAAAAAGGGAGGAAAAGGGUUGGCUUGUGUAUAUCUACAACUGGCAAGCGAGUAUAGCCAGAACCUGAUACAUUUAUUUUAUGUAAAUUUUCAGAAACCUCUCAAGAGGCACACACGUUCUUUCGUAGUCCGCGCUUUAGUUAUGAUUCUUAUUUUUAUCAGGAAAAGAUGGGAAAUGAUUUACUUUGUAACAGCGCCUACGACCGCGUAGGUAAAGUUAGGAAUAAAGUAGAAAAUAUUAAGCUCUUGGUAAACUUUCCAUUCCAUAAUAUUCAACUACAUUCAUGUUAUGAGCCUAACCAGAUGAUGCGCAAGCCGGGUCUCCAGCUUAGAUUAAAACAAAAAGGGUAGAUACGGCACUAGUCUCACAAAAGUGAUCCGCACCAAUUGUAGUCCCCGACCCUAAUCGCUUUAGUCACAACUGCAUGUCAAUGCAAACGACGUACAUGUGAACGCCAAAAAGAAAUAUUGCUAAUAUUUUGUGUUUAUAUGAUAAAACAAUCCCUAAGUGUGUUUUUAAAAAGUGCUCAAAUUGCUCAAGAACUAAAAAUAAAAUCCACGGCAUCACUUUUCAUUCGUAAGUACUAUAAAAUAUAUUUUUUCAUAAAAAUUGUUGUUUGUUUUGAAUCUUAUUCGGAAGUGACGUCGAGUACUGGUCGCGUGAUUGGUCGGUAGUGCAGUGACGCGGAUCUCGCUGUCUCGUUCGCGCUGCCGUUGAAACUUAACGUGCUGUUUCGUUCGGGUCGGUAAUGCAGUGACGCGGAUCUCGCCGUCCCGUUCGCGCUGCCGUGGGAUCAGUUUUUGUUUGAUGCAAGUAUGAGCGUACCGUAUCUACCCUUUUUAUUUUAAUCUAAGGUCUCCAGCGCGUUUUUUUUCCCCCGGCGCUGAUCGAGGGGCAGCCAUUUUUUUGACAACUCGCUAGCGAGAGCUCCGUUCCAAACCUACGCUCCGAGUACAACUUUUCACUCUGAUAUGUUUCAAUGUUGACGUGUACGAAACCUUUGUCAAAUUUGACAUUUGUUCGCACAAAUUUGCACCUGGAUCGUAGUUUUUGAACGUAUCCCUGUGUAUGACAGCCACACGAGCAGUAGACGGCGUGUGUAGAGAAACAGGUUUUUAUAAACUAAGUUCAGUGCACCUGUGUUUAAUUUUUUCAAAAAACUUUUGCUGGAGACACGGCUUUGAGCACGUUUCGAAUACUCCUCUCUAGGUUAUUUCUAAUCCUUAUUUGAUUACUUUGUGGAACCCAUAGCAGGAAAGACUAUACAAGGUUUUUUUUUCUUUGAAUUUGUGUCAAUUCCUACAUCCUAUUUUCACAAUAAGUUCUCACUUGUAUAGCCUCAUCUGAACAGACUCACAGUAACACUUGUAACAUAUUAUACCUAGUAGGUGUUCUUAAGUGUUUUUUAGGCAAAUUGUAAUUUAUAGUUUCUGUGCGUUAUAUUAUUACGAUGAAUAACAAUAAUAUUUAUAGUUAUUAUAACCUGCAACGGUAUUGUUGUCAUACUUAAAUAAGAGAAAAUAAAUUUAAAUAUAUAAUUUAAACAGAGUUCUUACAAAGUGGAAUAAUAAAAACUUAUAACAAUCAUGAGAAAAAAUUAAAUGAGAAAAGUAUUUUAUAAAACGUGUGAAUGAAAAAUAAAUGCUAAUGUUCUUUGUGUGUGACAUUUUUUCUCGAAUUGUUUGAUCACAAAUCGUUAUGCUGAAUGUAACUCUUUAAAUGUACCUACGCUACUCAGAGAGCAUGAUCGACGACUUCAUUUUGUUCGUCUACCCAGAAACGUAAAAACAAUUUGUUUUUUCUGUUUAUUUAGCCUUUUGGAAAUCUUAAGCUAGUAUGUCACAUGGCUACUUGUAACCAUAAUAGCAGUUUAUCCUUUCAUUCUCUGUAGGGAAUGAAAUGAGAUACCAGUACCCUUAGCACGGACCAAAACCGAAUUCGAAUGGUUUGCGAGUGCGAAAUGUCUCAAACUUUGUAUGGAAACUUGAACAGCAGCGCCAUAACGGACGUAACGAGAACUAAAAAUCAGUAAACAUUUGACAAUGUAAUUUCGCACUCGCAAGCUAUUCGAAUUCCAUAUUGGUUCGUGCUAAGGGCACAGAACCAGGGAACUAGAUCCGUGUGAAGUGCCAGCUUAAGAAAACUUCAUAAAAAAGUGAAAUUUACUUUUAUGAAUAUUUUUGACCAAUUGGAUAUUCUUUUGCCCCAAGAGCGGUGAACGCUCAUGCGUUGAUAGGUACUUUAUUAAUAUACAUACAAAUAAAUUAUGAAUAAACACAAAUUACUAUUUACUGAACAUAUAAAAUAUCAAUAUUUACCGAGAGUUAGAAAUAAAUUAUAAAAUGUUAUGCGACGAGUCUUGAAGAUUUAUGUAAGUAAGAAUAUUAUUAGAAAAAUACGUAUUCUUCACGUAAUAGCGUAUACCAUUCAGUUGUAUUAGGUGUUACGAUCUCUUCAUUAUUAUUAUUGUAUAAACUAGUUAAUUUUCGUGGUGCUCUAGUUUUAAUGGUUUGUUUAGAUAUGUCAAUUGAUACCCCUGUGGAGUUUCAACAUUUUAGCAAAACUGCUGCUUCUGAAAAACUUAAUUGUAUAUCCUAUGUAUUAUAUUAUGUUAUGUAGGCACAUUUUAUAUCCAUGAUUAUGAUUCUUGUAAUUUUUCAUUCCAAAAUAGUUUGAUCUGAAAAUAUUUACUUGUAAUAUUAAUAUAUAAUUUGUAGACAGAGCCCUAGAUUCCUAUUAGCUGUAUGUGUGAUGAUUGCAUUUUGAGGCUGCGCACAACGAUUCCGCUGCGGCUGUCUUUAUGUUAAGUUAGACAAUUAUAUUUCACAGUAUUGAAUAAAUAUUUUAAAGAAUUA